ACAAGCAACCCCUGUAUGGCGGAGCUAAGGAGAGCUGGAGGUUCAUUCUUUAGAGAUAUACAUGAAUAUGCAUGCUUUCGAGAGUAGGAUCUUGAUGACCAGAACUGCAAUUAAAAAAAGACCGAUAGUGACUUUGUCGAAGAAAACUUUCGUUAAGACUGCGAUAUGCAAUGAGCACCACCGAUGAUGCAACGACGUCUUCUACGAUUGGUAUCAUUCGAGUGCUCGUUGCUGCAAUGGGCGACAGUGCGCGUUCGGUGCAAGAAGCAGCCGCAUCUGCACUUUGCCAGAUUGCUCAACAGAACGCUGAAGCAGUGCUAGACUGCUGCGCCACGAGCUUACGAGCUGGCAAGAGGGUUGUGAGUUAUCGUGCUGGUUUGCUCCUCAUCUUGGCCUACACUGUUCGCGAAAUGAGAGAGGAGCAGAUAAAUAUCUCGCUCAUGCGCAGCACUGCCAAACUGGCAAUGACUGAGUUGGCAGCUAAUAAGGAAGAUGUUUCAGACUGGAAUAGCGCAGCAUCAAAUCUCCUUGUCGCAGUUGGAUCUCGGUCACCGGAUUUACUUAUGGACGAAACAUUCAAUCAGCUUGCUGGAGGAAUGGUUCCCGUCGUACAUCUGGUGCAAACAUUGGCGGAAUUUGCGUCAUCCUGUGGUUUGCAGUUUGCUCCAAGGCUGAAAAAUGUAUUAUCUCGUGUGUUGCCAAUUCUCAGUAAUGUGACAGACAACCAUCGGCAAGCUUUUGCGAACGCAUUCACGUUUUGGUGUGACACCGUUAAUCAAUGUAAUGAGGUGUGUCUGUCUAAUACUUCACCGGAAGGAGACUUGCAGGCUCUGCUCCAACAAGCAUUUGAACUAUUGCUGAAUUCUUGGAUCAAGUCUCCCGAUUCUGGGGUUCGGUUAGCAACUGCAGAGGCAUUAGGAAAAAUGGUGGAUUUAAUUAGCAGAAAACAUCUCAUCUCUGCAUUGCCUAGACUUCUUCCGUCUAUUUUAGCAGUUUGCAGGAAAGAGAAAGAAAACCCUCUGCCAGCUACGACAAGCCUACACACAGUCCUAUCUCUAAUUCUCGUGAAUGAUGCUCGGUCACCAAUGAUUGACUUCCUCGCUCUGUCGCCAGUAUUGAAUAUGUUGCUUCUCAAAGCUUACUUGACUGUGAAGAAGGGAAGCAACUCUGCAUAUAGUGCUCAAAUGAAGAACCACAAUGAAGUUCUUCGUUGCUUUGUCACGAUCAGGGAGGCCUAUCCUUCGGAAAUCUUUGAUUUUCUGUUACAUCAACUUCGAACGCGAGAGGAAUAUGUCCAAUUGGGUGUAUUGUCAGUGUGGAAGCACCUGAUAUUCAGGCAAUCGGAGCCAUGGUUAAAUAGAAGAGGUGAAAUUGCUGAAGCUGUAAACUAUCUUCUCAGGAAACAAGAUUUGAAGUUGAAAAAGUCCAUUGCUGAGUUGAUUGUAUGCAUGGCUUCAAGUGGCUAUCUUAACAAAACGACAAGCGAAGCGUGUAUUGAAUUUUUAGUGAAGCAAUGUGCACUGGCGAGUACGAGAAAGAGGCUAUCGGAGGCAAGCUCCGCAGUCCCAGAGAAACCAAAAGCGACCGAAAUGCCUGUCAGCAUUCCUGCGAAGAAAGAAUUAGGAGGACAGUUGAGAUCCUUAGAGUUGCGGCGUGUUUGUGAGACAGGCUUGCUUCUACUGGCAGGCACUGUUCCUGCUGCUGAAGUCAUACUUUGGCCAUUUCUUCUCAAGAUGCUCAUGCCAGUAGAGUACACGGCGGCUCUAGAUACGGUGUGCAAGUGCAUAACCGAAGUUCUUAAACAUAAACGUUCACGGGGUGAGAAGGUCUCCAUCGAUUAUUCCAUGACAUCAAAUAUUCCAGAACCAGAGGAACUCUUUGCUCGUCUACUUUUGCUCCUUCAAUAUCCACUGGACACAGAACUAGCUUCCAGGGUGUUGACUAUCUUGGACGAUUUGGGGCCGAUAUUUCCAACAGCUAUUGUGCUGCUCUGGGAAGAGGAGAUUCCGAAAUUAAAGGCUUACAUCAGUAACAUCGACGUUGCUUCCUGGCAACAAAUCGUCUGGGAGGACAUGAUUAUACAUUUGCUAUCCGAUGCGCUUGGUGUUGUCCAUGAUCCAGAGUGGAUAAUGUCGUUUGGCAAUGCCUUGGCAACUCACUACAAUCUGUAUGAUGACAACCAACAGAUAUCGCUCUUGCACAGGUGCAUGGGAACUGUUUUACAAAAAACUGAUAACGAAGUGUAUGUGCAACGGAUGAUUACUCUUAUGUAUCAACGUUCUGAUGUCUCAAAUAAGAUAAAUAGAGGAGGUCUUGCAACGGCAAUGGGUCUGGUCGCUUCUGCACAUCUGGAUACUGUGUUGGCAAAGCUGCGAAGAAUCCUAGACAAUCACAAACGUAAUGGAUUUCUGAGAUUUGUAUUGCAUUUUGUGAAGCCCCAGAAGAUUAGAGCAGUUGACAAUGUAUUCGCAACUUUAGCACUCAUGUAUGGAUAUACUGCAUCAUACGCACCGUCAAGUGGCAUUGAAGCCCGUAUUGAGAUACUAGUGGGAAGUGAUAUGCUGAAGGGCUUUUUGAAGGUUAAAGCUCAAGCAUCAAAGCAAGCUGUUUUAUCUGCCAUCAAUCUUCUGGGCCAAGCGGUUAUCAAAGCUGCAAAGAAUGGGACAGUUUUUCCUUUGAAAAAAAGGGACAUUAUGCUGAACUACAUUAUUUCUCUUAUGGAAAAGGACGAAAAAAACAGCUUGGACAUUGAACUGCAGCAUACUCAGGAGAUGGCUUUAGAUGCUUGCGCGACAUUGGUUUCAGUAAAUCCCAAGUUGACGUCGAAAAUGCGAGACUCUGUCCUCCAGGCAGCGUUUGGCUUCUUCACCUUGCCAAUGUCGCUUGCAGUCAGCGACACACUGUUCACCAAUUUAACAAGGUUUUUAUGUACGAUUUUGCUCACUAGUGGCGAUGACGGAAAAAGUAGAGCAAUGCAAUUGCAGUUUCUAUUGAAACGUCUUGAUGAGUUCGCUUCUUCGUCAAUGGAGUAUGAAAGAGAGAGGGCAGUUCGUACAGUUUUGGCACUUCUGCAGUAUUAUCGAGCCCUUUGUUUUCCUGGAAGCUGUUAUGUUGGCUGCACUGGCAGUUACAUGCACCUCCGAUCAUCUUCAGACACCGAUCAGAGUGGUGGAGCAGCUGGUCCUGCUUUGCUGCCACCUCGUGAAGCCUUGAGGCUCGGGGAAAGAAUCGUAGCUUUCUUGCCGCGUUGCACAGAUGUGUCUCCAGUUAUCAGAAUACUAGCUGGUCAGAUAAUCACCAUACUCUGUAACAUGGUAAUGCUAAUUCCCGACCCAGCUGGAGCCAAGAGUACGGAUGACAGCAUAGAAUUGAGUUUGGCGAUAACAGCACUGCAGGACCUCACAGACAGCACUAAAGGGAAGACAGAUGGAUCAGAGGUCAAUGUACUUCAACGCGUCGUUGAUGCUGUUUUGAAUCUUCUCAAUUAUACGGAGGUGGUUGCUGCGUUGAAAGGAUGUAAAAUUGCUGUUUGUGAUAAGGUCUUGCAGUCGGCACAAGGAGCCAUGUCCGCACUUACUCAAAUCAUAUACUCUCGAGGUUCUCAAUUACGAGAAGGAGACAUAUGCAAGAUAGCGCGAAAUUUGUUUGAAGCUGCUGCAAUUGAUUGUGAUAGGCAUCAGGGAAUUCUUGCGGUUGUAUGUAGCCUUGCAGAGCAUUCUGUGGCAAAAGUGGUAUUUUCAGAGAUAAUCACUGCUGGAGAAAUUGAACUCGUUGAUGACUUGGACAAGAGAAAACUUUGUCGGUUUGAAAAAAUAAUUCUUGCGAUCUCUCAUCACGAAAAGUUGUCUCUCAUCUUUCUGGAAUAUGUGGUGGACAUUUUGGAUCAUGCCCCUGUCUUUAAAGAGGAUGAUGCAGAAAAAGGCAACAUUUCAGACCACCUGACAUUUCCUAUGAGUCUUUGCCAACGGUCGCAGGCAGCCACUCUAGCACUUCAAGAAAUUCUUAGGGGUGCAAAUGAUACUGUCAAGCAAGCCGUCAAUCAGUGCUAUCCAAGAGUGUUGUGUUGUUUGUUGUUGCGCAUUGGAAGCAUACAAGAAUCCAUCAGCAUAGAUAUGCAACCAUUGAGGGAUAUGAUUACAACCAUUCAUGUCUUUUCUGAAACCGUGGAAAAUGACGACAUGGGUAAGGUUUUGUUCACCGACGGGGAGCAGCGCUUGAGUGGAGAGCGUUGGACUGAGGCAGUUGAAGAGGUUGCUUCAAAUUCUGCUAGAGAAAAACCAGAAGAAGUGACCAACAUGUGCACAUUACUAUGGCCAGCUUUGGAGAGGCAGCAUGACUGCCAGCGUGCUGCUGCAGCAGCAGCUCUUUCUGGAUUGGUCCAACACUGUGAAAAUACAAGCAUCCUUUUGGGUUCCCUUGUGGAAGCUCUGACUGCUCACACUAGUGACGAAUCUUCUACUGUACGACUUUUAUGUGUGAGAAGUCUUGUUCAGAUGAUAAAGAGAGGAGUUACCGCAUUCGUGCCAGAGGCUCUGAAUGUGAUUGUCGCUUUAUUGGAAGAUAAAGAGGAUGAGGUGGCUAAUGCAGCUGUCUGCGGACUUUCACCUGUCAUCCAGGUCGCAAGUGCUGAGGUUGUGUAUCCAAUGUUACUGAACCUGUGUUUGCGGUUAAGUAUCCUUCAGACUCGGCAUUUGGAAAGCACGAGAGCUGCAGCAUUUGAGGCUCUCGGAUCUGUUAGUAAAUUUGCCACCGGUGUUCAACUUGGUACGUUUAUGGAACAGAUUCAUAAAAUAUUGCCGCGCUUGGUGUUUCAUGUCAAUGAUGAAGCACCUUCUGUAUCGCUAGCCUGUAAGAAUGCCUUAAGGAGUAUUUCACCAUUGUUACAUGCUCAAGACAUUAGAGCACUGGUCAACUUGCGAACAUUUGAAUUUGGUAGAAGUAUGGAGUAUGAUGAUUUUGUCAAGGAAUUUGUGAAGCAUCUCGUGCUUCAAUUUCGUGACAAAGUGGACAUCUACGUAUCAUGUGCAAUUCAGGCUUUUGAGAGUCCAUGGCCUGUAAUCCAAGCGAAUUCAGCUUAUUUCGUUGGUUGCCUAUUAUCUAGAGUGAGAGAUGCAGUAUCCGUAGCACACUAUGUGCCCCAGGUCUCCAAUUUGCUUAUGAAGAUGACAACUAGUUCUCCGAGUGCUCUUGUGCGAGCAAAGUCCACACUUGCUUUAAGUCAAAUAAUGAAUGAAAUGGAGGUUUUAAAUACCUGAUCAGCGUUUGAUAGUGAGGCUGAUGACACUGCUGUGAUCACUAUAGUGUUUUGCUUUCACCAGAAGACUUCUCACAGUAGCUCAAAAAUGUAGCUGAAUUCACCACAAGACAUGGUAAUGAAAUAGGGAUGAAUGGAACAGUUCAACCUAGGAGACGAUCCCUGGGAUCUGCCACUGCCCGAAACUCCAAAAAAAAUAACUGAGCAGCGAUAGAUAGGAAUUGAAAGAGGCCAGUUUUUACACCA